GAAUAUUUACCAACGCACCAAGUAACCGGAAGUUGAACGUUGUGAACAUUCAUGUGGGUACAUGUUCAUGUUGACAACAAAUAGAGUCUCUGAGCAUUUUUAAUAUCCACUAUUCACAUAGACGCGCUUCGCAAUAAAACAUGUCCGACAACGAAGACAACUUCGACGACGGAGACUUUGAUGAUGCCGAGGAGGAUGAGGGAUUAGAUGACCUGGAAAACGCGGAAGAUGAGGACCAGGAGAACGUGCAGAUCCUGCCUGCAGGAGAGGGGCAGCAGGCCAACCAGAAGAGGAUCACAACACCGUAUAUGACCAAAUACGAGAGAGCCAGAGUGCUUGGGACCCGAGCUCUCCAGAUAGCGAUGUGCGCUCCAGUCAUGGUGGAGCUGGAGGGAGAAACAGACCCCUUGCAAAUAGCUAUGAAAGAGCUUAAGAGCAGAAAGAUCCCCAUCAUCAUCCGCAGAUACCUUCCUGACGGGAGUUAUGAGGACUGGGGCUGCGAUGAGCUCAUCAUUACUGAUUAAUCAGUGUAUCCAGUCCGCACUGACAAAACAAUAUGUACUGUUUCACCCCCCCCCCCACAUCGUAUGAGGUCACUCAGCUACAUAAACCCAGAAGAUUCCUAAGACGGAUCCAACUAUCACCCACCUGUUCAUACAACAAUUUGUUCCACAUAUAUCCAUCACAUCAGGUGACUUUGUGAGUAGAUGAAAAAUGGAUACAUGAAAUGUACUGAACAGACACUAGAGGACUCAUUCAAAUGAAGACGGUGUGUUGCUUGCAGGUUUAAAAUCUUGUGAUCUGACUUGUUACGCGAUCAGUCUUGCUGUGUGGUUGCGUGCCCUGCAGUUAAAUUCAAAAUUAGAAUGUUUUUUUUGUUUUAACAGCUGCAUUAUAACUUGGAGCCACAAGGGGGAAAUAUAACUUCAGUCAAACAUUCACUUUUUACAAAACAAUCCUGUGUUGUAAUUAUUCUAUUUGUUGUUUUGAAAGAGGGAGGUGAUUAGUGUAAAAGAACUGUUUUAUUGUUAUGAAUAAACUCUUUUGUAGAAAUUA